UGCUGCAGGUUUUAUGUGAAAAAACAAAACACAAGUGUGCUAGUGGGAAUGACCCAUCUUAAAUAGAAUGUAAACACAAACAAAGCAUGAGAUACAUACAUUGGUAAGAUAUUAUAGUAAUGCCUGCAGAGUUACUGAUUUGUUUUAUUAAUAUCUAUAUGUAAAUUUUUGUAUCUAUAUAUGUGUUUUUUGUCUAAAUGAUACAUCUUAAUGCAUGAACCAGUUAUUUAUGAGUAUUACAGUAUCUAUUCUAAUGAGCAUAACAGUUCCAGAGUGAGUGACCUUAGGAUUUGUAUUCUUGUUUAUCAUAAUGGCACAGUUGCACCACUUAUGGUAUUCCUGGCCUGACAAGAAAAGCCAUGUUCAUCAUGUAUGAUCUGUAUGUAUUCAAUGGCUGUUCUGUGUACAGAAGCAGAAGGUAGCUGUUGAGAGGCACAUAUAGCUCAGAUAGGUUCCAUUUCAUGCUAUGUCAGCAGAGCCAAACCAGUGUAAUGCUCACAGAGCAGGGAUUUCCUCGUAUAAAGCCUUAGGCAUGCUCACAGUUAGCAUUAACUAUAAAAACUACUGGCCAUCACAGAACUUAGAGAUACAAGGAGCUAAAAACAUAAAGGAACAAAUCAUUUUUCCCCAAGGAUUCCAUCUAACAAAGUCAUGCAGUCAUUUCUUAGGACUAGCAAGUAGGGAUCAGUUCCUAUUUUCUUCAGUGCAGUUCAUUCACCAAAUUCAACAACUGUGUUUUACAGACAUUUGUAGAAGUUAAAUGCAACUGACAUACCAGAAAUGGCCUGAGUUCCAACUGAGAUGAGAGAAAGAUUGGCCAAGUCUCUGGUGACUUGAGUGCAGCUCUCUCUUGCAACAGUCUUUCUUAGAAGCAGGCAAAAUCACAUUGCUUCACAGACCGUGUGCACUUUGUGUGAAUAACUUUUUGUUCCCGUUGAAGUACUGUGUGCAAUGUAAUGUGAUCUCCCUUCUCCACUUCUCCUCUAACUGAUCUUUCCGCACACGUUUGUAGGAGAAGACAAGUGCCCUCAGUCUGAGCAACGUGGCAGGAGUCUUCUAUAUUCUCGUCGGGGGACUUGGUUUGGCAAUGCUGGUGGCUUUGAUUGAGUUCUGUUACAAGUCCAGAGCUGAGGCGAAACGAAUGAAGGUGGCAAAGAAUGCACAGAAUAUUAACCCAACUUCCUCGCAGAAUUCACAGAAUUUUGCAACUUAUAAGGAAGGUUACAACGUAUAUGGAAUCGAAAGUGUUAAGAUUUAGGGGAUGACCUUGAAUGAUGCCAUGAGGAGCAAGGCAAGGCUGUCAAUUACAGGAAGUACUGGAGAAAAUGGACGUGUUAUGACUCCAGAAUUUCCAAAAGCAGUGCAUGCAGUACCUUACGUGAGUCCUGGCAUGGGAAUGAAUGUCAGUGUGACUGAUCUCUCGUGAUUGAUAAGAACCUUUUGAGUGCCUUACACAAUGGUUUUCUUGUGCGUUUAUUGUCAAAGUGGUGAGAGGCAUCCAGUAUCUUGAAGACUUUUCUUUCAGCCAAGAAUUCUUAUAUUUGUGGAAUUCAUCUUGGAUUGUAAUGAAUGCGUAGUUCAAAACACAACACCAUUUUCUACACAAGUUCAAGAUGAAGCUUGACUGACGUGCACAGCUAACAUGGAAGUACUGUAAUCUAACUGAAGUCGUUGUACAGGCAACACACCAGUUUCUGCAGCCACUGUUGUUAGUCCCUUGGUUCAUACAGACUUAAGCACACUUGACAUCAAUUGCAUCGAGAUGUGACAUGUUUUAUAAGAAAAAAAAAAUUUAAAAUGAAAAAAAAUAUUUUUAGGUAUUUUCACAAACAAAAACUGGCUUUUAAAUAAAUUUGCUUCCAUAAUGGUUGAAUAUGACAAACGAGAGGGAAAAAAAAAAAAGAAAAGAAAAAGAAUUUAGACUGCGAGGAAGUGGAAUAUCAAAAUAAGGCUUAAGACAUCAAUUCCGUAUUUUUCAGAGCCAAAUAUGUAAUGCUGAGAAGAGAAAAAAAUCAAUAAUAAUUAAAAGGUUGAAAACUUGUAAUUUAAUAUUGUUAUUAAAACUUUGCUGUAUGUCCUGUUCUUUAACAUUUGGUGUUAAUAUCAAAUUACUUGGCAAUGCUUGACAUUUGAAAUAAACUUUUUCUAUGGUUUUAUUUGCAAGUGGUUCCAUUAAUCUUACUAGUACAGUUGGGUUCUAAAGAGUCUUAAAUCUAAAAGGACACUGUCAAGGUUGGGUCAGUGUAAGUUUUUGGCAGUGUCACCAUCCCCAGCUCAUUUGAAUCUGUUCAACAGUUUUUUCUUUAGGUGAGCCCAAGCUGUAAUGCUCAAAUACGGAUUUGGAACUCUGAAGAUCAAAGGUAUUCUAGGUUGGAGUGAUGCUACCCGCAAACAUAUGGGAGUCAGUUAGGUGCUGAUGCGGAGUCCAGUUCCUCUUAGCUCUGAAGUGUGGGGAUUUAUGAUCCAAAGAUUUGGUUCAUAUCUAUUUCUACUUGUGUGCAAUUGUGUUCAUAAGAUAUGUACAGAGAGAGAAGACUAUUAGUAACAAUUGAUAAAUGGCAAGUACUAAAAGAGUCUAAAAUAAUUUUUCAAAAUACAAAACAAACACAGAUCUCAAAAUUGUUCCUUCAAAGAAGCAGUUUUCAAUCUCUUAAAAACCAAUUCUAAGUAGCACCUAGUAACAUUCUUCGUCGUGAAACAAUACCUUGACAAUGUCUUUUUAAAUUCAUAAGUGAAAUUAGAUGCGGGUCUGUACUGAAGAAAUAUAAGAGCUGACAUGAAACUUAACCAUUAUGAAUUUUCUUUACAAUCUGAAGUUAUCAUACAUUUUAAUUAUAUAUAUUUUAAGACCAUAUAAGCAAAAAGGAAUCUUAGGAGGGGUGCAAUAACAUUAAUUUAAAUGCUAAUGCAAAACAAACCAAAAUAAUAUUUCUCUAGCUUUCCCUGUAGAUAAAAUACCAUAUAUUUGGUUGAAAAGCCUCCAUUUUUGUGCAUUGUGGAUGCAAAAAAGAUGCAUUGUACUUUGUGCUGUAUCAAUAAUUCUCUAUUUCGUUCUGGACUUAAAUAAAAUUUGAAAUGAGACGGGCACUUUUAGUUGGAAUCCAUCUCUGAGGCUUAAGUAAAAUAUGUACUGAACACUGCAGGAGAUGGAGCAUUUAUCAAAAAGUUUAAAUCUCUUCUCAUCGUACAAGCUCUGAGCUUGUUUCUGCAAGCGCGUGAGCACAGUGUGUACUCUCACUGCUGUCAGCCUAAGAGAUAUACACAGUGUUUGCGAUACCUGAUAAACUUACCAGUAACUUCCCCAUAAUUAAACUAAACCAUUUCUUGAUGCAUCUGUUGAAGUAAUCCAUAGGUGUUCUGUGCAUUACUCCUCAUCAGCAAUGUUGGGGAAUGCAUUCUGAUUUUUAAUGUUCAAUGCUAGAAUGACCAAACUAAAAUAAUACUCAUAUGGUAAUCGAAACUUUUUGAAAAAGUAGAAUUGCAUUACUAUAUACAGUGGAAAGCUAUUUAUUGUACCUCUGGGCUUACUCCUCUAAAAAUCAUAGCGUAAAAAAUCUUUGUCAAGCCUGAAAUGAUGUAUAUAACUGAAAUAAUGUAAAGUUAUAUUUUCAUGUUUUUAUACUUAACAACAUGAUGGGAAUACAUAAUGUAUGAGUAUUUCAAUUACAGAUAAUAUUGAUUGGAUAAUACACAUCUCAGUUAAAAAGCAGUAAUCAUAGUUUAAUAUCCAUGUUACAGUACAUCCGUAUAUUGCUAUAUAAAGUAUGUCUGUGUGCAUUUAAGUGAAAAAGUAGCUGAGAGUGAUGAAAGCUGUCCAAGGGUUUUUUAUUCAUUUUAUAUGAAAACUGUUAUGGAGCAACCAAAAUGUUUAUGAACUUAAUCUUGUGUGAAUUUCAAAAUGUCCUUUCUUGUAGCUUUUUGUUUACAGUACAGUAUCUUAUUUUCUGCUUUGUUAAAUGAGUAACAGUACAAAGCUGGACAUACACUUUCUAAGACAUUAACAUUCCUGUUUUUUCAUGUAUACCUAUAUGACAGAAGAUGCUUCUGAUUUUAUUUUUAAAUCUAACACAUGAUGGCUUUUCUGGAGUGUUGUAUAAACUUCAAUCAUACAUAAAAAAUCUUCUUAAAAAAGGCAAAAGA